UCGUAUUAUUAGUAUAUCUAUACGAUACGACUCCUCGGAUCUGUUUCCCUUUGAAUUACGAAACUACCCUCGUCGUCUCUUCAAGUUACUCCUUACCUUCUUCACCGUUAAUGCUAGCAGCAGCCAGAGACGAAUCUCUAUCUAAUGGCUAAGCCAGCUAUUCAAGACGGCGAGGAAGGGAUCUUGCUGCUCGAAGUUCACGGUGACGGUGACCGCUCUUGGCAGCUGAACUUCGACGAUUUUCAGGUUUCUCCGGAGCAUAAGGAGAAGAAAUCUCCGAGCAAACUCCAUAACUGUCUUGGCUGCUUGGGUCCGGAAGAUAAUGUGGCAGAUUAUUACCAGCAGCAAGUAGAGAUGCUUGAAGGCUUUACCGAAAUGGAUGAACUUGCAGAACGUGGCUUUCUCCCUGGAAUGUCAAAGGAAGAACAAGACAAUCUAGCAAAAAGCGAGACAUUAGCUAUCAGAAUAUCAAACAUUGCAAACAUGGUUCUCUUCGCUGCUAAAGUCUAUGCCUCCGUCACAAGCGGCUCUUUAGCUAUCGUUGCUUCCACAUUAGACUCUCUUCUUGACCUUCUCUCUGGCUUCAUCCUCUGGUUCACCGCCUUCUCGAUGCAAACACCAAACCCGUAUCAGUAUCCCAUCGGGAAGAAGAGGAUGCAACCACUUGGAAUCCUAGUCUUUGCAUCAGUUAUGGCCACACUUGGAUUGCAAAUCAUCUUGGAGUCUCUUCGGACAAUGGUAUCCAGUCAUAAAGAGUUCAGCUUAACGAAAGAGCAAGAGAGUUGGGUGGUUGGGAUUAUGCUCUCUGUUACAUUAGUCAAACUCCUUCUUGUUCUUUACUGCAGAUCCUUUAGUAACGAGAUUGUUAAAGCUUAUGCUCAAGACCACUUCUUCGACGUCAUUACAAACAUCAUUGGACUCAUUGCAGUUAUCCUCGCUAAUUACUUUGAUAACUGGAUGGAUCCAGUUGGAGCUAUAAUCCUUGCUUUGUACACAAUACGGACGUGGUCAAUGACAGUUUUGGAGAAUGUGAACUCUCUUGUUGGGAAAUCAGCAACACCAGAGUAUCUACAGAAACUUACUUACCUGUGUUGGAACCACCAUAGAGAGAUUAGGCAUAUUGAUACAGUGAGGGCUUACACGUUUGGAUCACAUUACUUUGUGGAGGUUGAUAUAGUUCUACCUGCUGAUAUGCCUCUGCAAGUGGCGCAUGAUAUUGGAGAAGCGCUGCAAGAGAAGCUGGAGCAGUUAGAGGAGAUUGAAAGGGCUUUUGUGCAUCUUGAUUAUGAGUUCACUCACAAACCUGAGCACGCUAGUUCCCACUGUUAGCUGACGGUGGAGAUCUCCCUACGUCUUAAAAUUCUUAGAGAUUAAGAAUUUUCACGAGAUUGUUUUAGUAGACAAAGUACCUUUGUAUAUCUAGUUUUGUUGUUCAACUAGUAAUACUAUAAAUUCC